GCUGAGUUGUUCAAUGUUGGCUGAUAUAUGAGAUAAUACCAUUAUCAGUUCUAUACAAAACCCCUGAGCACUCCAGAUCAACACUGUAAUUUUAGUUCUUUCUCAACAGUUAAAUUUAGAUGGAUGCUGAUGGAUGUUCUACUGGAUUUUCCCCCAGAUGUUUUGGAAAGAACCACAUCAUCACUUCCUGCUUACACAUCCCUGGUGCAGCUUGCAGUUGCUGAAUAGACACACACCACACCACACGCAGGAAGUGAUGCCAGUUGGCAGCAGUAAGAGUGGAGGACGGGGUCCAUCCUCAUCACCCCUCCCACAUGCCGUGGUCCCACCCGGCAGGCCCUUGCGACCCUCCCGCUACAUCCCUGUGUCGGCAGCCACUUUCUUCCUCGUUGGUUCAACCACACUGUUCUUCUGCUUUACGUGUCCGUGGCUUUCAGAGCGUUUCUCAGUAGCUGUGCCUAUCUACAAUGGAGUCAUCUUCCUGUUUGUUUUGGCUAACUUCUGUAUGGCCACAUUCAUGGACCCUGGCAUCUUCCCGAGAGCUGAGGAGGACGAGGACAAGGAGGACGAUUUCCGUGCUCCCCUCUAUAAGACGGUGGAGAUCCGAGGGAUCCAAGUCAGAAUGAAAUGGUGUUCAACCUGCCGCUUCUACAGGCCACCACGGUGCUCCCACUGCUCUGUCUGUGACAACUGUGUAGAGGACUUCGACCACCACUGUCCGUGGGUGAACAACUGCAUCGGCAGGAGGAAUUACCGCUACUUCUUCCUCUUUCUGCUGUCUCUGACAGCUCACAUUAUGGCUGUGUUUGGCUUUGGCCUGCUCUUCAUCCUCUACCAUCGGCAGAACAUUGAGCGCCUGCACGCCAUUGUCACGCUGGCUGUAAUGUGUGUUGCGGGUCUGUUCUUCAUCCCUGUUGCUGGCCUCACUGGUUUCCACAUAGUGCUUGUGGCCAGAGGCAGGACUACCAAUGAACAGGUAACAGGGAAGUUCAGAGGAGGUGUUAACCCUUUUACCAAUGGCUGUUGGAAGAAUGUCUCUCAUGUCCUCUGCAGCUCACAGGCCCCGAGGUACCUGGGCAGGAAGAAGUGUGUGCAGAGUGUAUGUGUGCAGCCUCCUUUUCUGCGGCCACAUCUGACAGAGGCCCAGCUGGCUGCAAAGAUCCUUGACAAUGGCAUACAGGGAGACCUGCACCGGUCCAGGUCUAGUCUGGAGAUGAUGGAGAGCCAGUCAUGUGACGCUGAACCACCUCCUCCACCUAAACCAGAGCUCCGCUACCCUGGAAUCAACAGAGGAAACACUGAGGAGUGCAGUCUACUGAACAAAGCCCCUCCCACCCCCACCAUGUACAAAUACAGGCCAACCUACAGCCCUGGCAAGAACCACACAGCGCUCACACAUGCUUACGCCAACCAGUUAAGUCGAGGAGAGAGUGUUGGCAGUGCCAAGGACUCCUCCUCCUCCACCUCCUCCCUCCUUCAGGCCAGCCAGCAACCUGGUUUCCGCUCUCAGCCCAGCUUGGACCGGAGGGACACUUCAUCUGACAGAGUGGGAGGGGCAGGAGGUGGGGAGAGGAGAGAGGGAGAAAGAGAGGUGGGAGGAGGAGGCAUCCCUGGCUACUCCCUCGGCGGGCGCUCAUACCCCUCCUUCUCUGACCCCACCGUCCUGUCAGGAGUGGCGUCGCGAUCUUCCAGCUCCACACACACCUCAGCAGGCGCGGCCCACAUCUCUGAGGCAACCACCACCUCAGCCAGCUUCAAGAGCUUAGCCAAUCAGACACCCCCGCCUCACCACACGUCUCGCAAUGGGAGCCAGUCAUAUGAUAGCUUAUUGGCUGGUGGUGAUGAUUUCGACAAGGUGGUGGCAGUGGGUUCAGCAGCACCUGAGGUUUCCUCUGGCAGACCCUGCACACCAGCAGCAGGAGGCUACAGCUCCCCUUUCCUGUCUUCACAACACAGAGAUGCUGAGAUGCACUCCCAGUCCUCCCAGUCGCCCCAUCAUAGCCACCGCUCCUCCCACCACCACCACCACCACCCUUUCCUUCAUCGCUCGUCCUCUUCCACAACAUCCUCCCCACCACCUCUUCCAGAGAGGGAGCGCCUGCUGGGCGAGCCCCAUCCCAGCACUCACCCCCCACCUACCAAUCAGGCCUCCGCUCCCUCCUCCUCAGCACCGCCUCCCCCACACCAUCACCACCACCACCAUCGCCACCAUCACCACUCCCAUCAUCACCACCACCACUCUUCCUCCUCUUCCUCCACCUCCCGCCCUCCCAGAUUUGCUGCCCCUCACGCACCGCCCCACCAUGCCUACCCUUACCGCACCCGCUCCACUGACACCCCCUUGGGCUCCUCCUCCACCUCCACAACCCACCCGCCCCGCUCCCCACACCCCCCACCUUUGGGCAAGUCACUCUCAUACUCAAGUGCUGCCGCUGCUGAAAUGCAAUACCGGCUGGUCCGAAAGGCCUCUGCGUCAGCUGGAGCAAAUGCAGCAGGGGUAGGAGGAGGAGGAGGAGGAAUUGGAGGGAUGGGAGGAGGAGGAGGAGGAGGAAUACAAGCACCGAAGGAUGAGCUGAUCCAGAUGAAACCUCUGAGUCGGACCAACGGUGGCCAGCCCUUCUCCUCCUCCUCCUGCUCUGCCCCUUCCUCUCCCUCUCACCCAGUCAGCGUGUCCACCCAGCCCAGAGUGGCCUACCCCAGCUCAGCAUUGAUGCAGAGCCCCGCACACAAGCCCCAGGGCAGUGGGGUGAAAAAGGUGACGGGCGUUGGGGGCACCACAUAUGAGAUUUCUGUCUGAGUGGCAGCCAGCCGCCAGCUCAAGGACCAAUGAAACGAAGUGGAGAUGCUCCUGUCUUUUUCUGCCUUCGAGGGAGAAAUUUGGGUUUUUCAUAAUACAAGAAAACACUGACACACAUCUGAGGAUUAGUGGAAUAAUUUUGUCUGGCUCUUACUCCUCAAUGGCUGAUUGACUGUGGGGCUAAACUGUACCAGACUAUCAUGCCUCCAGACAUCCUCCGCAUUAAUCCUGCUUGGAAAAGGACAGUAAGACCUGGACAGAAGGAAUCUAGGACUUGCUGGCACUGGGGUUUUAAAAGACAAUUUUUUGGAUCUCAAAGGCCAAAAUGGGAACCAUGAUUUGGCUCAUUUUUGUGGGUUUUAUCCUCACUGUAGCUCAGUAGGUAGCAUGAAGCACUAGCAUGGUCAGGUCUGGGUGUUACAUUGAACAAAUAUACUAGCGCAAGGCAUUACCACUGCCAGGUUUCUGAGUCUGAUUCCCACUGGGGCCACCAAUGAGCUCUGGAUUAGGGAUUGACAGCUGUAGGUCUACGAAGGUUCAAAUCAGCACUUUUGGACUGGCACUGCAUUUCGGUAAAAAUUGGUGCAGAUGUUUAAUAUUUCAUGUUCACAUGUAGAUCAUCAAUGAACACCCCAUGAUGAUGAUGAUGAUUAUAGUAAUAAUCAACACAUUAAGUCACACAUUAAGUCUGUGGAACCCAAUCAAAAUCAAGGUAGAAUCCAUUCAAAGUUAAGGGCUUCCCAUAGACAAGCAGUUUAGUGUAAACUGAAUGUGUGAUCAGUCAGACUCGAGACAUAUCAGAUUGAGUCAUAGCUAGUUUUUAAUAUAAGUUCUUGCCCCACUCAUCAAUUAAACCCUACUUACAAUGACAGCAUCCACCAAAUGGAGUGUGGUGUAUUCUAAUUCGAUCCAAGAACACAAAUUGUGAUCCCAGGUGUUGUGUGAUGCAUGGAGUCUGUAAUUCAGCCCAGGCAGAAUCACUGUAACCUGUUGCCAUUCCCUUCAAGCUGUUGUAUUGUUCACAGCCUUUCAGUCAGUCAUGGAAAUGCACAACAUGGUGGCGCAGGAGGUCAAUAACCAAGCAAUUAGUAGGAUCUAGUGUGGACUCGUGACAAUCUACCAGUGGCUGGAAAGACCUUCACCUAUGAACUUUUCAUCAAUGUUACUGUGUGAAUGGACUUGCCUUUUUAAUGGAGGGGAAAAAAUGUGACAUUGGAAAAAAAACAAAAUUCUCAUUCCCUCUUUCUUGGAUUCAUUUUUUGAUUUAUUCCUAGAUGUGAAUAUGAUUCCAUGUUUGUACAGGAUGAUGUGAUUUUAAAUGUGGAUUUGUUUUUGUUUUUUUUAAAGUGGCGUUCAUACCGGACUGCAGCAUGCACUACUAUUACUACUAGCCACUAUAGGCCACUGUGUUUGGCUGUGGACCAUGUUGUCUGUUUAAACAAACAGGAAAUGAGGAAACUAAAGUGAAGAAGACAUCAUGUUUUGGCCUUUUGUUGUUAAUGGGGUCCUUAAGAAGGGGGCUAAGGAGGCUAAUUUUUCUGAAAAAAUAAUUCCUUGAGAAGUUGCCUUGAAAAUUUAAGUGUUAUCUUUUUUUUUAAUUUCACCUAUUUAAUUUGAAAUUGUUUUAUAUGAAUUUAUAUGGAAAUAUAGCUAUUGAUGAAUGAAGAGUUUUUAAUAUUGACUCAAAAGAGGGGUUGUGUUGUCAGUCUCAGAAUCGGGAUAAAAAGAUUAAAGCAGCCCUACUGAUUGGUUUUGGGUGAUGCUCCACAGCUGAUGCGCUGUUUUAUUUUCAUAAAGAAUCUUGAUUUGCAAUGUCCUAACUGUCCUAUUUUCCAACAUCACAUCGGAAUAAAACAGGAGGACGGACCAGAUGCCUAAGAUGGUCUUAAAGUCAAAUUGCAUCUGCAGCAUGAAUAUGAUCUCUAGUGUACAAUAGAGUAUUAGGGCCACUGUUUAUACAAAUGAGAUUUCAAUAUUUAAAUUGUAAUAUAUAGAAAAAAAGUUAAAAAUUUUAAGUCAAAAUUUCACAAGAAAGCAUUAUGAGAUUAAGUCAGAAUUUUAUGAGGAAGUCCUAAUAUUAUGAGUCAUUUUGAGACGAAGUUGUAAAUUUGCAAAUUUUUUUGGGGGAAAAGUUAAAUUUACAAGCAAGUCAUUACUAGAUAAAGUUGUAAUUUUUUGAGAAAAAGUCAUUACAAUAUGAUGUCUCGAUAUAAUUUAAAAGGAUUGGAAUAUUUCAACACUUAAAUCAUGGAUAUAAAGUCACAGUAUUAGAAGAAAAAGUGUUCUAUCCAUGAAUGUAUGUUGUUCUUAGACCAGGUUUUAGCAUUUGUUGGCUGUCCAUUUAUACUGUUCAGUAUGAAAUAUUUCCUUAAAAUUUUAUUUUUUACAGUAUUCUGAAAACCUUUUUUUCUCCUCACAGUGGCCCUAAUACUGUUUUACUAUUUAAACUGUAGACUAGGUGUGUGAAUUUCCUGCUGGUCUCCAAACGUCUUAACAUUGAACUUGUGAGUGACAGUGCUCAAGAUACAAUUAAAAGAAGAUUACACAAACUUAGUUUGUGGUAUUUUUUUAAUCAAACGUAAAUGUGCCAUGGGAAAUGAUCUUAAGAUUAACUUUAAACAUUUACAGAUGAGGCUCCUAGUCUGAGAAUGUGUUAAAUGUUGAAAAAAAGUUUCUAAAGUUCUGAUGAUGUAGUGGACACUUGUACAACAGUCAACUAAGUCUUCCUUUUCUCUGCUAAACAUUAGCUAGCCAUUGUUUGCUAAAGAUUUCACUUUCAUUUCGCCAACUUCCAGCUGUGGUUGGAAUGUGUCCGACAGCUUUAUGGCAGAAAAGUCCUGCAAUUUGUUGCACCUGUUAAAUGUGGAUUCAGUUGCACAGAAACAAUAAUACUGUAUAUUAAGCACUAAAUCUAAUGUUGAAAAUAAUUACACCAGCCGUCCUGUUUCAUUGCCCCUUUUAGUGUGAUCUCACUUAAAAUUAGUUGUUUUUUCUCUCUGAGCCUUCACAAAAAACUAGAAAAUUUGCCCUGGAACUAGUUAACUGGUGAAACAGAUUCCUGGAUGUGUUUAACAGUUACUGGUAAGUGACAUAGUGCUUUGUAACUAUGUCAUCACUUUGCAAUGGCAGACAUCAUGGGUAUAACUAUGAAUUUUAACCAGAGUGUGUUUUCUCUGGAGUUUCACCUUUAGGUUUCCUUUUUUGGCCAUAUUGUCUUUAUCCAGUCUGGAAAACAAAUAGGAACAACACAGGACCGUAUGACUCGGUAUUGAAAAGAAUAUGACCAAUUAUGGUAAAAUAAAUGAAAGCACACAGGUAGUACGACCAGAAAGAAUCCUGUGCUGUGAAUGCUGUUUUUGAGGAACUGUGUUUUCCAUUUCAGCUUUGUUUUUCAUUUUGCUGUAAUUUGAGCCCAGUUUGUGGAAACUUCUUUGUUUGAGCAGAAUGGCUGGUAGAUGAAGACGGUGGGCUGUACCUGUAUGUUAGCAAGCACAGUUUUGGCAAGAAACCCAAGUUGAAAUCAAAGAAACGAAAAAUAUGUGUACUGUACAGCUUAACGUGUGUGUGUGUUUGUGGAUGUAUGUAUGUGGUGAGGGGCUGGGGGAUUGAUAAUAAACUUC